AUGAGCGCUGCACAGACGCUGGCCCCAGGGGCCGAGGCGGGGCUGCCCACGGCCUGGCCUGAGGAGGCCAACGCCAGCCUGGCCCCGCGGGACGAGGGGGGCGCGGGGUCGGCGGGCAUGAUCGCCAUCCAGUGCGUCUACGCGCUGGUGUGCCUCGUGGGUCUGGUGGGAAACGCCCUGGUCAUCUUCGUGAUCCUGCGCUACGCCAAGAUGAAGACGGCCACCAACAUCUACCUGCUCAACCUGGCGGUGGCGGACGCGCUCUUCCUGCUCGGCGUGCCCUUCGUGGCGUCGGCGGCCGCGCUGCGCCACUGGCCCUUUGGGCCGGUGCUGUGCCGCGCGGUGCUCGGCGUGGACGGCCUGAACAUGUUCACCAGCGUCUUCGGCCUCACGGUGCUCAGCGUGGACCGCUACGUGGCCGUGGUGCGCCCACUGCGCGCCGCCACCUAUCGGAGGCCCCGGGUGGCCAAGCUCGUCAGCCUGGGCGUGUGGCUGGCGUCCUCGCUGGUCACUCUGCCCAUCGCCGUCUUCGCGGACACCCGGCCGACGCGGGGCGGCCAGGCCGUGGCCUGCAACCUGCACUGGCCGCACCCGGCCUGGUCCACGGCCUUCGUGGUCUAUACCUUCCUGCUGGGCUUCCUACUGCCCGUCCUGGCCAUCGGCCUGUGCCACCUGCUCAUCGUGGGCAAGAUGCGGGCCGUGGCCCGGCGCGCAGGCUGGCAGCAGCGGCGGCGCUCAGAGAGGAAGAUCACGCGGCUGGUGCUGACUGUAGUGGCAGUCUUUGUGCUCUGCUGGAUGCCCUUCUACGUGGUGCAGCUGCUGAACCUGUUCGUGACCAGUCUGAACGCCGUCGUCAACCAUGUGUCCCUCAUCCUCAGCUACGCCAACAGCUGCGCCAACCCCAUCCUCUACGGUUUCCUCUCUGACAACUUCCGCCGCUCCUUCCAGCGGGUUCUGUGCCUGCGCAGCUGCUGCUUCCUGGAGGAGGGCGGAGGCAUGGAGGAGGAGCCCCUGGACUACCACGCCACAGCUUUCAAAAGCAGAGGUGCGACAGGGCGCAUGUGCCCCCCAGUUCCCUGCCAGCAAAAGCCCAUGGCACCAGAAGCAAGCCGAAAGCAGAUCCCCCUCACCAGGAGCACAGCCUUCUGA